AACAUAACAACUGAAACUUUUGGUACAGGUCUUAUUUCUAGGAAUUGUUGCAUGUAUGGAAAAGAGGGUAUUGUUUUUGUGAUUCAUUAUUGUUAUCUGUCUGAUAUUAAUUAACAUUCUGGUGUCAACUUGAGUACUUCAAUGGAGGAGAAGUGAGGUAAGAUAGGUGAAUCAAUGUUUUGGUUGAAACUCUAAAAUGAUGUGAACUAGAUGAUACAUCAACUCCAUUUUUCAAUAUUGGCUUUGUCUGAUACUUGUUUCCAUUCUGUUUUACAGUGAUCAUUUAGAAGGACGUCAGAGUUUAGAGGGUUCUUGCAAGAGUUCUUCCUCCAACCCCAACUUUAUUGACCAAAAACCACCAUGCCGAAGGAUUUCUCGGAGAUUACUCAUCGGCAAUUACUGGUCUGAUUCAAAUAUUUGGCAGCUCUCUCUUUCCGAGCAGUCUCCAGGAAAUGGAAGAAUGCUUUCUAAUUGCUGAAGAAUCACUUUGUAAGAAGGGGAAAGACAAGGCAGCAAGUGUGGAUUGAAAAGGAACCAAGGGGGAAUAAAGACGAAAACAAAAUCUAUAGCCAGGGAGGGACAGGGGUUGAUAGGUUUUAUAAUGGAUCAAGAUGUUCCGGGUGUCACGGUUUCAACGUUUGAUUAUUCUGUUGAGAGUCACUUUAGAGCAAUUGACAUGAUUUUGAAGCUUUGUGGGGAGGUGGGUGAAGAAGCUUUGGGUAUGUGUGAGAUCGAGCAGUUGACUGCUGCAAUCACUUUCUUAAGGGAAUGGAAACAUUUCUGUUACAAGCCAAGAAACAUUAGGUUCAGUUUUGAAACUGGAAGCCCCCAUGGGGAAAAUGUUACUAAUGGGAUACAGUUAUCUCAAUUUUCUGCAGUGACUGUCCCUAAGAUGGCCGGUGUAUCAGCAGAUUCAAGAUCUUUUCAGUCCACAUCUCAUUGCGACAAAGAUUUUGUUCUGUAUGUGGGAGGGCCUGUUUGGGCAUUGGAUUGGUGUCCAAGAGUUUGCCAGAGUUCUGACUGUAAUAUUUCUUGUGAGUACCUUGCUGUUGCUGCUCAUCCUCCUGAAUCUCCGUAUCACAAGAUAGGUGCUCCUCUGACUGGCAGAGGUCUCAUUCAGAUUUGGUGCCUCUUAAAUGCCAAUGUGAAAGAAGAAGGGUUGCCACCUCUGAAUAAGCCAAAAGAGAGACCUAGAAAAGGUGUUGCAGAAGAAUCAACUCCAUUGAGGAAGUCAAGAGGGAGACCUAGAGAAGAUGUUUCAGAAGAAUCAAAUCCUUUGAAGAAGCCAAGAGGGAAACCUAGAAAAGAAAAGGUCUUGGAAGAAUCAACUCCAUUGAAGAAGGCUAGAGGGAGACCUAGAAAAGAAAAGGUCUUAGAAGAAUCACUUCCAUUGAAGAAUCUCAGCAGUAGACCUAGAAAGAAGAAGGCAAUAGAAGACUCAGACAAUAUAAACAGCAUUAGCCAGUCUGUUCCAGCACUUGCUGUUGAAUUUCCAGAAGAUUCAGCUCAGUUUCUUGCUAGCAGUGGGGUGGGCAUGCAUACUAAUGAGAAGGCUAUGCUAAAAGGAUGCAAGACAGAUGCUGUGUUUGGGACAGGACCCCAAGAAUGCUUGAACCAUCAAUUGCCAACUUCUAAAUCAGAUGUCAAAACGCCCCAGCAGAAGAAAAGAACGAGAGAGAAAGCUGGGUUGAGGAGUGAUUCUGAUGGUGUUUGUCAAUCUUUGCCUAACCGCAAUGAGGAUAAAGAGCCUUCUGUUGCGGUUUUGCAAGUAAACAAUAGCUCUAUGCAGUAUCUUGCAGCAUCUAGUCAGAAUGUACCAAAUGAUGGAUCCUUAGAAGUUAUUACUACUUGUCUGCCAAAAGAUGUUGCUUUGCCUAGGCUUGUGUUAUGUUUGGCCCACAAUGGCAAAGUUGCAUGGGAUGUGAAAUGGCGGCCUAAUGACGUUAAUGAUUUGGCAUCCAAACAUUGCAUGGGCUAUCUUCUUGUAUCGUUGGGAGAUGGUUCGGUGGAAGUGUGGGAGGUUCCUUCUUUGAGUACAAUCAAAGUUCUAUAUUCCGCUUGUUAUAAGGAGGGUACAGAUCCUCGUUUUGUGAAACUGGAGCCGGUCUUCAGGUGCUCAAAGUUGAAGUUUGGGGACAGACAAAGUCUUCCUAUAACAGUGGAGUGGUCACCAUUAUCCCCACAUGAUUUAAUACUAGCUGGAUGCCAUGAUGGAACAGUUGCUUUGUGGAAAUUCUCUGCAAGACAUUCCUCUGAAGAUACAAGGCCUUUGCUUUGCUUUAGUGCAGAUAAAGUCCCUAUAAGAGCACUUUCUUGGGCCCCCGAUGAAAGUGACCCAGAGAGUGCAAACGUUAUAGUCACAGCUGGACAUAGCGGCCUAAAAUUUUGGGACAUUCGUGAUCCAUACCAUCCUCUAUGGAACCUACGGGGGGUUGUACGCAGCUUGGAUUGGCUGCCAGAUCCAAAAUGUGUCAUUUUAUCCUUUGGUGCUGAUAAUGGUACAUUACAGAUUCUUGGUUUGUUAAAAAAUGCGUAUGAUGUUCCAGUGACCGGAAAACCUAUUGUUGCGACACAACAGAAGGGAUUGAACCGUUAUUGUUCUUUACCAAGUUCAAUAUGGGGUGUUCAAGUGUCACGAUUAACAGGUUUGGUUGCAUAUUGCAGUGCAGAUGGUAACGUUCUUCAUUUUCAGCUUACUGCAAAAGCAGUGGAGAAGGAUCCAUAUCGUAACCGUGCCCCUCAUUUUUUGUGUGGAUCACUCACCGAGGAGAACACGAUUCUUACGGUCCACACCCCACUGCCACACGUGCCCUUCCCUAUGAAGGAAUCCCCGGAAAGAGUUGAUGAUCAAAAUCCAGCAUUGUGUUAUGAGGACAAUUCCAAUGUAGGAUUUGAACCUGAGAAUGCACCGGCUGAGCUAAGUAGCAGAGCAGCAAAGCGGAAAACAAGAAAGAAGAAAAAACCUGACCCAAACCAAGAAUCUAUUGCUGAAGAAGAGCUGGAGAAUUUUCCAAGGGGUGGUGACAAUGAGAAGGGUGAAAUGAGGAAUGAAAUUGAAGUCUUUCCUCACAAGGACGUAGCCAUGCAUAGAGUGAGAUGGAAUAUGAACAAGGGUAGUGAAAGAUGGCUUUGUUAUGGAGGAGCUGCUGGAAUUGUACGGUGCCAACAGAUUGAUGUGUCUUGUGUUGCAAAGAGAGAAGACAUCAAGAAGUGA